CCCUUCACUCAUUUAAAUAGCCCUUUGCGCAAUUUGAUGAAUAGUGUCGCUGUCAAAAGCGGUAGAAACAGAUGUAGACACGUUGAAAGACAGCUGGAACAAGACAGGAGAAGAGGAACAGAGGGAAAGGGAGCUGCGCCAUGCCUCCUCCUCUUCUUCUUCUUCACAGUUACAUGUAGUUCUUUAAUCCGCAGAGACCUGGAUGUCAGUCGGGGGGGAGAGUUUGCUCAACUGUUACCGUCACCGUGCCGUGCUGUCCCGGGUGAACGUUUUUGCUGCUCAGCCUGAUUUUUGGAAAACAAUGGAGACCGGAGCAUGUGAAGUCUGAGAGCGGGUUAACGACUCGGGGUCGAAUUCUUGUGAAUAUUUUCCUCACUUGACUAAACUUUCAGCGCAGGAGGGAAACCUUUUGAGCUCGUAAAGGUAACGCCUCUUCUUCUUUUUCCAGUUUUUUCCAUCCGCCCGCGCAUUUUAAGAAUUUCAACUAAAAUCUGCAGACUCGUGUUAAACGCCAAUAAAUCAAAUAUUACCCAGGGUAUCGUUAUUUUGUAAAACUAGAAUGUAAAAUCCAGCAGUUUGUACUCUUAAAUUGCUUUAUUAACUCUGAUAACGCCUCUGGCAGUCGUCCAAAAGUCUUGAAUCAAAAUGUACUGCAUGUAACAAUCUUUCUAGACGAACCCAGUUCUCCUAGUUUGACUUGAUCAACUACGAUCAAACUUUUAGUGAACAUAAUUCACAUGCAUUUCUCAUGGGCCUACUCACUGUAAGCAUAAAGUAAGAAUUAUGUCUUUAAAUGUCUCUGUUUUGGUGAUCAAAACACUUCGAGGGUUGCAUUAACCAUGUUGUGAAUGCUUUUCUGAGCAAACCACAUCACUGAAGUAUGUUAAACCUGUCUUGUAACUCUUGCAAAGUUCAUACCAAGGUAUCAAAACAGAAAAAAAACAUCUGACAUAAGAAUACCUUCACAAAACAUGGGGUAGGAUGAAAUGUUGAGCCAGCCAUACACCAUGAUCCUGACCCAUACAUUAGAAAUAUUAUAUUGUCAUUUAUUAUCAAUGAUUUUCUUGUAAAUUUCCAUUUUGACUGAUUAUUACAGUUAGUGUAUCAUGAGACUUACAUUAUAAAAAGGUGGAGUAAGUGUUACAUCAUGUUAAGAAAGACAGAAUUCGAAAGAGUUUGUUCUACACUUUAAGCUGAUCUUAUUUGUCAUCCCUGUGUUUGUUUAGGAGCCUCUUGAGGGCAUCAUGGUGAACAGCCAGACGUCUGGCGUGCCAUCAGCCCCCAGGUCGUGUGCAGGAUGUGGGGGCAAGAUCGCCGACCGCUUCCUGCUCUUCUCCAUGGAACGCUACUGGCACACUCGUUGCCUCAAGUGCUCUUGCUGCCAAGCCCAGCUGGGGGACAUUGGCACCACCUGCUACAGCAAAGGGGGCAUGAUUCUGUGUCGGAGCGACUAUAUCAGGUAAGAAGCAGGAAGAUGCAGAGAGGGGAAGCUGCUGGUUUUAGAUUUGGAGGAUGCACACACUGAGCAAUCUGUGUUUUCUGUGUUUGUAGACUGUUCGGGCACAGCGGGGCGUGCAGCGCCUGUGGCCAGUCGAUCCCGGCUAACGAAAUGGUGAUGAGGGCACAGGGAAAUGUUUACCAUCUCAAGGUAAAUCCCCAGAUCUCAUAUCAGCACACCUUGUCUCCCGCUGCGUGUUUGACAGGAACAUCUGGGAUUUAGUGGAAAGAGGUAGUGAGGUGGGAAUAUGUGCCCCCUUUGUGACGGAGUGGAACUUUUUUCACAGUAUUGUAAGAUUGGUAAAGAUUUGGGGGAAUAUUUUUAGCGUUAAGUGUGUACUCAUCCAUCCACUGUCCAUUUCUGACCCCUUUUUACUUUCUGCCCCCCUGCAGUGUUUUAGCUGUGCCACCUGUAGAAACAGACUGAUGCCCGGGGAUCGCUUCCAUUAUAUCAACAGUACAAUCUUUUGUGAGCACGACAAACCCGGCGCUUCCUUGCUCAGCAGUCACCUGCCUCCACUUCAGAGCAGCUCUGUGCUGACGGAUCAGAAGGUGAAUUAAAGAGUUUUUUUUUUUUUUUAACACAACAGAAAUCAUCUGUAUGUAAGGCAAAAUACUGACCCUAAAGAGACGCUAUUUUCAUAACCGAACUUAUUAUGUUCACACUUAAAUGUGUGAAAUGUCUGAAAGAAUAAAAAAGUGAGAAAAGUAAGCGACAAAGACCAAAAAGGGCAAAAACGGAAGCGCAUAGAGACAUGGGUGUGAUGUGACAAGUAUAGCUUUUAGGUACUUUUGAGGUACUUUACCCAUGAACUCUUAAAUUUCUUGGGGAAUUUCACACUUUAAAUACUAUUUCCAAAGAUAGGUCACAGUUGUUACCCUAUUACUCAUAUUUAAAACCUCCAAAAAUAAUGUACAAUAGAAACUUAAAUCACUCCAUUAUCACAUCUUAAAGCACAAUACUAUUUUUUUAAUGCGUCAUUGAUAAUAAUCCAAUUUUAUUACUUUUGGCCUCACAUUCUUGACUUGAAUACACUAGGUAUAAAACUUUUCAGUGCAUGGAGCGCUUUCAGAAGUACAUGUUGUUAAUUCGUAGUUACGAUUUUGAACUUUGUUUCUUGGUCAAUUUUCUGAACUCUGGAAUGAAGAUCAGACUUUGCCAUGGGUUUAGAUGAAAGAAGAAAUCAAAGGAAAAAGCACAGAGAUAGUAAACAAAAAUAGCAAUAACAAGAAAUAUGAGGAACAACUUACUUGCACUUACAAUCUGAGUCAUUGUUGUUUGGUAUUGCAUUUAGUUUUGCUGCUUCUAAAGAUAAAUGAAAAGUUUCACCUCUUUAAAAUCAAGAGAGCAUAUGGAACAUAAGGAAAGCAUACUGUCAGAAGGUUUCCGCCUUCGACUUGUGAAUCAUUAUGAUCGUUUUAAGAUUUCUAUAGAUGUUGCCAAUAAGAUUGCAUGUCUGAUUUCUGCUGGGCUACCUACAACUCAACCUGUGAUUACUUGAAAGAUUAGAAAUAACCAAAAGACUGAGUGCCUAAAUGCUCUGAUGCUGACUCUGACUACCUCCCCACUCUCUACCUGUCCACAGGUAUGCUGAGCAGCCACACUCCUGUGUUUUUCCCUCCCGAGCUUCACUUCUCUGCAGUACAACUUCUCCUCCCUUGCUACUCUUGCUGUUUUGUGGAUCCUCACCUCUAGAUCGCCUCUUUUUCCCGCAGAGGACGUCGUUUCUCCCCUACAAAAAUCCUACCCAACACGGUAUCAGAGAUUCCAUAUACCAAGUAUGAAGUCCCAUUUAUGUUGUGAUCUGUUCAAACGGUCUGUGCAUCAUGCAAAGACUCGCAGAGUGUGUGAUCUGCACUGGCAAAGGCUCAUUCAGGACUGAGACAAAGCUGGAGGAUGAUGAAAGCCUUCGCCAAAUGGAAGAGGGAACAAAAGACGCUCGAGUGAACGUUUGAUGGAUUGCUGUAAAAUGACUGUCAAAGCUCUGCUUAUGCCAUGUGAGCAUCUGUGCUUUUAAUGAACUCUUGAUCUCACUUGUAAAUGUUUAUCUCGGAUACGCGCUGAGGAUUGAAUAUAAAAUCAAUGGGUGUCAGGGACAAGUAUGUGGAAAAAAACUUUGAAUCCAUAAUAAAAAAACAGUGAAGGGAAAACAAAAUGUUACAAGGAUGAAAAAUUACCCUUUUUUUUAAACUGUAGAGUUUAUUUCUUAUCAGAUGCCUGUUCCGUGUGUGAAAAAAUGUGGAGUUAGAAUCAAAAAUUCUAUUAAAACAUUUUUCCUGUAACAGCCAAGCAGAGGUCAUUUCGAAGCCCCCUUUAGUAGACUCAGAGCAGCGUUGUAUUGCAUGGUACCUAUUAACAUGGUGGAUGUGACUGUCUCUCUCACUCUCUAGCCCUGUAUGGUGAAAACGUGCCUGAUUACCCAGAGGAAUGGAAUUAGGGGGCUUGAGCUCUGACCAUUUACAGAAGCAAUUAAACAUGAGCCCUGUAUCUGUGCUGCUGGAGCUCCUGGGAGGCUGAACUCGGGGCAUAUCCCGUGGCUGACUGGCUCGGUGGCUGCUUGCCUCUAAUAAGGCCUAAUCUGAAAACAGGCUAAUUAAAGGGGAGUGGCCCCCUCUACAUCCAGGGCAUUUGGAACAAUCUGAUGUAUUUACUGUUUACCAUGUUCCAAUUAAAGCUCCCACACAGCCUGAUUUGUUUCCCAUCACAGCUCUUUGUUCUCCGCCACUCUCUGCGCAGCUUCUGAAAAUAAUUUUCCUGAGCUGCAUCUAAUUCACUCCAACUCGAUGGCUUUUUGAGGCUUUGUAAAAACUCCGAGCCUCUGCAUACCGUUGCAGGUUUUGGAGUUAAUCUUGGUUGUGAAGUACACAGCGUGCAGGAGGCAGGAGAUUGGAUCUGUUCUACUUUCACACCUUGCCUGGGAGCACGGCAGCCAUCAAACUCACACCUUAAUGCGCUAAGCUAUUUCAAAACGUCCCACUUGUCAUGGUAGGUGCUGAUACUGCAUCAAUUAUUUAUUCCGCGUCUGAUCAAGAAGCGUCACGCAAAUUCAUUAACGUAUGCAAAUGAUCACAAUUACAAUUAUCUUUGUAUCAUGAUGAUGAAGAAAUAAAACCUCGGCACAUUCCCGAAUCCCUCAGCAACACAAGUUACACUUUGCAUUCAAACUAAUCAAGCCUCAUCUGCCUUUUGCUAAUUAGCCAGAACGUUUUCAGAUGCCAAUUAGCAGGUCUCAUGAAAAGGCCUUUUGCCAUGAGGCGUUGUCUUUUAUCAGAGCUUCUGCAGGUGUGUGACUUACCAUGUAGCCUGUGUCAUAGGAAAGUGUUUAUUCCCGCUAAUUAAUCAUAUUAACACAUGCAGAUGAGUGUAAUUGCCUGCGCUCCUCCACCUCACACUGUGUGAAGACAUAAGAUGAUGCCAGGAUAUUUUUACACACUCAUGAUGAAGAGGAAGAAGACCCAAAAAGCCUCUUUCUUAACCCAGACACUCUUGUGAUAUAGAUCCAAGAUGGCUGCCUUCCUUCCUUCCUUCGUCCUGGCUCUUUCUAAUGAUGAGCUGCUGGUUUGUCAGCCAAAGGCUCUCUGGACUCAGACAGUGUGUUUGCUGGCUUACACAUCCCUGUGACCGGCCAGUUUUUUGUUUUGGUCACCAGAUGUGAACAGUAGGAGAGUGAGAGAAUCAGUUCACAUCAACAUUCACAUUCAAAAACAUUCGGUUUUAAAUUUUGAGUUUCUGAAUUCUCUAUACUAUAAUUUGAAGUGUCUUUAUUGAUAAAUUCAAAUUUCUUUACUGUUUAAGCUAAGUUUCCUAUACAUGGACAAAGUACAGCUGGGUUGUGAAUAACUUGGGUACGAUGUAAAGGGAUAUUCCGGCGUAAAAUUAAGUUAAGGUCAAACACACCAUAGCACCCAGUAAGACACCCUGUCGAGAGAUGAAUGUUGCUGACCGCUUGCUUCUUUAGUUAUUCCAACUUUAGUAACGACUGCACGAUAGCAAUACACAGCGGUCCCAGGAGCCACGCGCUCAACCAAAACGCCACUCUAUAGCCACAAAUAAUGUUCAGAACAGCACCUAACUUCAUCAACAGUACAUAUAGGGUCCCAGCCACAGGACAAGCCACCAAACAUCUUUUUAGUUUUUGCCUGAUUUUCUUUUGUAGUAAGACCUCGGGCCAGUCCAUUACCAACUACAGCGGGGUGACGCAGCUCAAGGAAGAACAUUUAUGAUCAUUUCCUCAUGGAAAUGCAAUCAGACUGAGACGCUAAGGCAGAAGAACUACCACAUCUGCAGUGCAAAAUGAUUAAUAUGAUGAUUAUUACGUCAAGGAAAUGAUAAAGAAAUGAUCAUAAAUGUUCUUCCUUGAGCUGCGUCACCCACUGCAGUUGGUGAUAGACUCGUCCGAAGUCUUCCUACAUACAAGUAGCUGCUGGAAGAGAGUGGGUGAGUUGUGUUUGGUCUCUUUGCUAAAGAAAUUAGACAGAGCCAAAAAGAUGUUUGAUGGCUAGUAGUAUGGCUGGGACCCUGUAUGUACUGUUGAUGAAGUUAGGUGCUGUUCUGAACAUUAUUUGUGACUAUAGAGUGGCAUUUUGGUUGAGGUUUGCAUGUGGAGUGGUAGAUCAUUGUGUAUUGCUAUCGUGCGGUCGUUUCUGAAGUUGGUAUAACUAGAGAAGCAAGCAGUCAGCAAUAUUCAUCUCUCGAGGGGGUGUCUAACUCUGUGUUACGGUGUUUUUGACCCUAACUUAAUUUUACGCCGGAACAUCCCUUUAAGCUAAGUUUCCUAUAUGGACUAAGUAAGUAAGUAAUAAUACACAGCUGGGUUGUGAAUACUCUGGGAACGAGUUAAGUAGUCGUUAAGUAGAAGUUUCAGAAUAUGGACCAGUGCCUGAUCACUCCAAAUUCCUUUGCAUAUGCUUAAUCUGUCCAGGUGUGAACCGUUGUGCUUCUAGUUGUGACUGGAUGAACCAGGACACUUUGCCGAUACCAGAUAUUUGACCCCCAACCCCUCCUGUGUCUCAGUUGGCAUUUCUUAGCAGAACAUAUAGAGUUGUUUUAGCUUUACUCUCGCUUCCCGACCUCACAGACUGUUUUUAUUUCCAUCCACUUUUGGAGUGACUUUUUCAUGAAUGUCCUCUUCUCUGACAAUACUCGCAUUAAAAUUUAAAAGUCUCAAUGUGACUCAUGCAGGGGGAGUUUUGGGGAGAAAAAUAGAGCAGUUACUUGACAUGACUAUAAAUGUAGAAAUCAUUUUUAUUUGUUGAACGCAAUUUGUUGCUACUCUCACUAAUGCCUAAGGUUAAAUUACUUCUGCCAUUGCCUAGAUUGCAGGACAAGAAGUUGUUCCAUUUUUUCCAUUAUGAGAGAUAGUUGGGGGCCCAAGAGUUCCUUGGGCUGCUCUCACAUCUGUGCCCACUUAUUUCCCCAAUCUCAUGACCAGGUUGAUGUGGACACAUAUUCUUUUGCUCCAAGGUUUUCCAAUCGAGAAUGCCAACAAAUGUUUUUGCCUCAGUGUCAACAGACAGAGGUGAAAUAUGCAGGACCCUUUCCUGUGGAUUGAUCUGACAUAACCCUGGUUUCACUUUUGUUAUUGAGAAUGAAUUGCCUUUAUUAUAGGGUUUCCACUAAUCAGAAUCAGGUGUUUGACACUGAACUUGACAAGUGUUUAUGAUUUUCCAGAUACGAGGAAUUAGUGUUUACAUUAAGCUGACCAUUAGUUACUGUUUUUCACUGCAUAUAAGGUUUGCAUGCCCAUGUUUUUAACAGGGGAGUUCAGUAACUAUCAACUGCCUCAACAAAAAACAAAAAAUGAUGUUCUAGCUGUAUGCUUUCAGAGCUGCCAAUAAAUCAGAUACAUUAAAAAGAGCAUUAAAGGGAGCUUUGAGCUACAGUCAAAAUAAAUGUCACUUAUGCUUCCUAUUCCAAA